UAUAAAGAAAGGCUCUUGUGUAUCUGCAAGACAUAUCAAACGAAAGAAAUCAAUAAACACAAUAUUUUUUCUUUCAUUUCUCAUGGGAAAAUCUCAAGAACUCUAUGCCAAUGGUGACCAGAACUUAGAAGCAAACCUUAUAGAUCAUGAGGUAAGUGAAUCAUUAUCGGUACCUCAAACGAAGAACUGUAAAAGGUGGCUCCGCGUCUCCAUUUACGCAAUAUUUGUCAUCUUCUGCCAACCACUUGCUACAAUUCUGGGUAGAUUGUACUAUGAAAAUGGAGGUAACAGCACAUAUGUGGUAACACUUCUUCAACUCAUUGGCUUCCCUGUACUGGUUCUCUUCCGUUUCUUUUCACGAAUCAGACAACCCAAAUCAACAGAUACCAAUUUCAGUCAGUCCCCUUCCUUCACCAUCCUUGCAUCGGUUUACUUGUGCAUUGGACUGCUAGUAUCUGCUUAUGCUUAUUUGUCUGCGGUUGGGUUGCUCUACUUACCAGUCUCUACUUUCUCCCUCAUCUUGGCCUCGCAGUUGGCCUUCACUGCUUUUUUCUCAUAUUUCCUUAACUCGCAAAAGUUCACUCCUUUCAUCGUCAAUUCUUUGUUUCUCCUCACUGUUUCCUCUGCUCUCCUCGUGGUCAACACUGAUUCAGAGAACUCAACAAAUGUCUCUAGAGUACAAUAUGUGAUCGGGUUCAUAUGCACCAUCGGUGCUUCUGCUGGGAUUGGACUGCUACUAUCUCUGAUACAACUGCUCUUCAGGAAAGUUUUCACGGAUCAUACAUCCUCGGCAGUCAUGGACUUGGCCAUUUACCAAUCUCUCGUUGCAAGUUGUGUGGUUCUCAUAGGACUAUUUGCAAGUGGAGAGUGGGAAACUUUGCCAAGUGAGAUGAGAAACUACAAACUGGGGAAAGUGUCAUAUAUCUUGACUUUGGCCUCAGCAGCUAUUUCCUGGCAAGUAUACACUGUUGGUUGUGUUGGAUUAAUCUUCGAGUCAUCUUCUGUGCUCUCCAAUUCCAUAACUGCUGUCGGGUUGCCUAUAGUUCCAGUUGUAGCAGUGAUAGUUUUCCAUGAUAAGAUGGACGCAUCGAAGAUCUUCUCCAUCAUUUUAGCUAUAUGGGGCUUCCUUUCAUUUGUCUAUCAGCACUACCUCGACGAAAAGAAGUUAAAGACUUGUCACACAAAACCUGUCAAGGAAGAUACACAAACUUGAUGAAAGGUAGCUGCCUUGAAGGUCACACAAACAAACAUACAAAGUUGUGCACACAAUCAUGCAUAUAAUAUAUAUAAAUCUUGUCUGUGUAAUUCUUGUAAUGGUCCAUGUAAAUGGGACACAUGUCUCUCUAUACAGCUAGAGCAUAUAUAUCAGAAAUGUGCAAGUCUCUUUUGGUCAAAUAUUCAGUAAUAAAUAAAUGAAUAAUUCUGUAGA